GAAAACUGGAUGUUCGCAACCAAGCCAAAGAGUUUCUCAUUUAUUGAAUAGAGUAUCCAUAAAGCAUUUUUUUACUGGUUCGUCAUAGAAAAAGAAAGCGCCUCACCUAGGGGACACAAUUAGCCAAUAGAUAGCGCUAUUUUUGGCGGGUAAAACCAAAAGACAUUUCUUUCAAAUAGUUUUGCGUUUUGUGGAAUAAUUUCAAAUUCAAACUAAAGUUUUAUCCAUAAAAUCAGCGCUCAGUUCGAAGAACGACGAUAAAGAUUUUAGCGUGCCAACAGUAACAAGAGCGCUCGUUGAGAAUGCCUUUGCCCAGUGAAUUGUUGACUCCUGAGGAUAUCGAAGAGAUUUAUAGGGUACUCGAGAGUCCAAGAAAUAAAACUCCAAGAGCCAUGGCAUCAAUGAUUAAACCAAGAGCGAUGCUCUGUCCAAUAGUGUCUGAGCAUUUUUAUAAUAUUAGAUCAAGAGACGUGAAUCCUGCUGAUGUAAAACAUGAUGCCAGUUUCAUGGGUUACCGUCCUACUGUGUCUGCACGAUUUCCAGAAGCUGUACCCAUGAUAUAUAAAGUAUUAAGCGUGGGAAAAGGUUUAUCCAAUAAUGUCGAUCUGUUGAAGUUUGGAUAUUGUAAUUACAUUGCGCCCCACCAUGCUACUAUAUAUUUUGAUGAGGAUGCAAAAUGUUUUGAGCUGAUCAACUACGCCCCUCGGGGUACUCACGUCAACAACAUUUGGUACUGCAAUGAUGUCAAUACGAUUUAUAAAUCUCCAGUGGUUUCGCCAGAGACCUUUGAUGAAAAAAUGCAUGUUGACAAUUUAUCAACGGAAGAAAAGGAUGCUACUCAAGUUGUGGACAUGAGCUCCCAAGCUACUAGUGAAGAAUCUCAAGUUGCUUCCCAAGUUGUUUACGAGGAAUCACCAGGACAAGGAGCUAUUUGUCGUAGAAAAAAGUACCGGUUGGAACAUGUUCCUAGCGCCAAAAGACCAAAUCCAGAGCAGACUGACAGAGUCGAAUGUGCAUGCGGAACAAGUAUGUUCGAGAUCGGACAAGGCGAAGAAAUUAAAAACUGUUCCGAGGAUUCAGUAAUCCUUGGACACGGCAAUUUAAUCAGUUUUGGCUGUAUCAGCUUUGUUUUUUCCAUUAUAGAUCAAGUUCAUUAGUUAAAUGUAACAAAAGGGUUUGACUCACCAACAAGAAUCCGUCCGUCUCGAGACUUUUCCAUCCUGCUUAGAAUAAGUUUGGGUUGCGUUUUACUCAAAACUAACCUAAAUUUGGCAAAGCCGCCAUAAUAAAGUUGACUGACCAGAAAAAUCUGCGCUGGAAUAAACUCUAUAUUCUUUGGCCAAGACUUUGGGGAGUUGCUACAGCAAUGGCAAGCUUAUGUUUAAAUUUUUUAUUGUAUAGGAAAUUAUUUUUGCAUUUUAAAUAACAUUAAUAAAUUAUAGAUACUUAUA